CCCCGAGACUGAGAAGCGAGGGGCGAGCCGCCCGCACAGCUGACCAGGCGCUGCGCCGACAUCAGCCUGGUGGGGGCAGGACGGCUGGGAGCAGGGCUGCUUUUGGGGUGGGGGUCAGGAGCUGGGUGAGGGUCGGAGCGAGGGGCGCCCCCUAGGCCCACAGAGCCCCCUCCGUCCCCGCAGGAGCUGCCGCCUCCGUGGAUGUUGGAUAUUGCUUCCCAGAAGCCCCCCAAGGGGCGAUGGUCAACGCCGCCCUUCGACCCGCGCUUCCCCAACCAGAACCAGACCCGCAACUGCUACCAGAACUUCCUGGAUUACCACCGCUGCGUCAAGAACAUGGACCGCCGCGGCCAGAGCACGCAGCCCUGCGAGUAUUUCUUCCGCGUGUUCCACUCGCUGUGCCCCAUGAGCUGGGUGCAGCGCUGGACCGAGCAGAUCAGGGCAGGGACCUUCGCAGGCAAAAUCUGACAGGUUGAGCGCGGCUCCUCCGAGGGAUCAGCCCCAUGGACCUCCCUAUCCUCUCGUCUCCCGGAGACCCGGCUCCGGCUACCCAC